AUUAGCAGGGAAGGGAACCCAUCUGGUUCAGGAGGCUUUGGCUUCUGAUAGUCAUGGACUCACUAGGCUGCUGAGGAAGAUCAAUAAUAUCUACUGGAAUCAGUCAUGAGAAGUCAAGCAUGGAAAUUGUGAAUUGAGAAGGGUGUGGCCAGACCAGACUCUCUAUUCUGCUCUGGGACCACAACCGUGGCGUUCAUCCUCUCAUCAUGUGCCAUAGGAGGGACCAGGGCGGAAACCAUUAGGGGCUUCUCCAGGGGCUGCGUACCUGUGCUGAGGCCCAGGGAUGUUCCCAGGAGAGCUUGGACUUCCUGGGAGGAGGAAGUACCUCCAAGUGUUCAGAAGAUGUGUGACCAGCCAAAACACAGUCAAUGCUGCCCAGCAAAAGGCAAUCAAUGCUGCCCACCAAAGCAGAACCAGUGCUGCCAGUCAAAAGGCAAUCAAUGCUGCCCGCCAAAACAGAACCAGUGCUGCCAGCCAAAAGGCAGUCAAUGCUGCCCACCAAAACACAAUCACUGCUGCCAGCCAAAACCCCCAUGCUGCAUUCAGGCCAGGUGCUGUGGCUUGGAGACCAAGCCUGAAGUCUCACCCCUUAACAUGGAGUCUGAGCCCAAUUCACCGCAAACUCAGGACAAGGACUCUCAAACCCAGCAGCAGCCCCAUAGCCCACACAAUGAGUCUAAGCCAAGCAAAUGACAGCAGAGGUCAAACAAAGAAGAAGUCCCUGGGGCCAUGCCUUUCGCUUUAUAGGGUGGGGGAUUACUGAGAGUCAGGCUAGACCUGUGUUUAGAGAAGCAGUUUUCACAGUGACUACCAUUUCCACCCAAUGAGAGGCUCCUAUUUCCCAUCAUAGCUCCCUACCCUAGGGAGGCCUCCAUCUGGAAAUGGGAGGAUGAAGAGGCUAGAAUCAUCUUUCCUAGUGAUCCUGACAUUUAGACAGCACAGAAAUAAAGAGCAAUAAAAAGAA